GUUUGAUAUUUUGUGGCUUGUUCAAUUCGUACAGAGAUAUAAAAUACACUUUUCAUAAUUACAUUCACAAAAGUUCAUUGUAAACGUUACUUUCAUAUACACAAGUAGACGUAACGAUACCGGGACACUAGUCUUGGUAUUACUUGGUAUCGGAUCGAGAGAAGCAGUGGUAUCGUUCAUCCUUAGAGAAGAGGUCAAAGGUCACUGAACCCGGAAGAAAAAUAAGGUAAACAAAGGCGGCGGGCUGGGCUGGGUCCUCCUCGCUCCCACCGACAUGUUCUCCGGUUCGCUGCCCGCCAACGGGCUGCUGCUGCCGGCUUUCACCCUGCUCCUCACCCGGGUCUCCUCCUCCUCGGUGUCGGCUCCGGACAUCCCGCACAUCGCCGCUUUCUUCGGGACAAAGACCCGCUACGAGGAGGUGAACCCGCACCUUCUGCGGGACCCCGUGUCCGUGAACGCGUCCGUCCUGAAGCCUCCGCCCACGGAGCGGUGCUCCCCGGUCCACCUGACCGCCGUCAUCAGGCACGGCAGCCGGUACCCGACCGUCAAGAACAUCCGGCGGAUCCAGAGGCUGAGCGAGCUGGUCCGGGGGGAGGCUUCCAGGGGAGGGGGAGCCGAGGAGGGCUGGCUACGGGACCUCCGGAGCCGAUGGGAGUCAUGGUACACCGAGGACAUGGACGGUCAGCUGGUGAUGAAGGGCAGGGAGGACCUGCGCCUCCUCGCCCAGAGACUGGCCUCCUUGUUCCCGUCGCUGCUGUCUGAGGAGAACCUGAGGAGUGGGAGGAUCAGCUUCAGGACCAGCUCCAAGCAUCGGUGUGUGAGCAGCAUAGAGUCCUUCCAGGAGGGUCUGCAGCAGCACGAGUACAGCCACCAGGUGGACGACCAGCUGAUGCGCUUCUUCGAGCAUUGCCGUGGUUACGUGGAGGGCGUGGAGAAGAACCGGACGGCCAUGUUGGAGGUGGACAAGUUCAAACACGGGGACGAGAUGGACGGAGUGAGGACGAGGAUGGCGGAGACGCUGGGCGUUCCUCGCGACCGCCUCACGCCAGAUCUGGUGGAAGCCGCCUUCUUCCUGUGUUCUUACGAGCUGUCCAUUAAAUCUGUCCACUCGCCGUGGUGCUUCCUGUUUGACGAGAGCGACGCUAAGGUGUUGGAGUACAAGUCGGACCUGAAGCAGUACUGGAAGCGCUCGUACGGUCAUUCAAUCAACGGUCUGUCCAGCUGUCCUCUGUUCCACCACGUCUUCAGGACACUGGACAAAGCUGGACGUCCUCGCAGGUCCACAGAUGCGCCCCCAGAGCCGGCGUCCAUCUUGGUUGGCCACGCUGAGACGCUCCUCCCCCUCCUCUCCCUGCUGGGACUCUACAAGGACCAGACUCCGCCCACUGCCAGUAACUACCACUCCCAGCACGGUCGUAGUUUCCGGACCAGUCGGAUUGUCCCAUACGCCGCCAACCUCGUCUUCGUCCUCUACGACUGCCAGCGAGGACCACGGCUGCAGCUGCUCCUCAACGAGUCACCGGUUCGAUUCCCGGGGCUGGAGGGGGAGGACGCGCCGCUGUACCGGGACGUCCGGGCCACGUACCGCCACCUGCUGGACGGCUGCGACUUCGACAGGGAGUGCGAGGGGAGGGUGGUCGGCCGGGGUCCCAACAUCGAGCUCUGAGCCCAGAACCAGGAACCAGGAACCAGGUGUACGAGGGACCAUCACCUGUCUGACUAGGCCCCGCCCCCAGAGAGUGAGCAUCCAAUCAGAGCUAGCUGAAGUUAUGAUGAUUUCUCAACUCUCUGAACGAGACGGAGCUGGUUCUAAUUAAUUUAAUUUAAUUUAAUUAUUCCAGUUGUUUCAUUCCAGUCAGCCAGAUGGAAACGGGUUUCCUCUCAGCUUUUCUUCGUCUUUUAGAGUUUUAUAUUUGCGUUUAGUCGCCUCCUGUUUUCUUUUCUCCACCUGAUGUAGCCAACCAAUCAGAGCUAAGAAUGAUAAUGUGGCGAUGACUCUCUAGAAACGCCUUAAUCGCUGUUCUUCCUUUAAAGUUAUUUCCUGUCACAACAGACCAGACUUUCAACACCGUACAUUUGUCACCGCAAUAAGCCCCGCCCCCAAUCGAUCUGAUUGGCUGAUCCUUCCUGGUAUUGGCUCAAAUGAGUUUUUCUUUGAAUGAACAUUGGUGGAAACGUGUUGAUGUCUGAGAUAGGUGAAAUGCAGUGAGGCUUCACUCUGUCGCUCUGUUUUUUUUUAGGGAACUGAGCCGUUAAUCUCAGUAAGAAUGAGGGUUUUUAUUAUUAUUUUUAAUUGUGGUUCUGAUUCAGGUCAAAGCAGCUUUAUUUAAUUUAUUCUGAUUUCAUCAUCAAGGGUUUGAUUUUCUGCCUUGUUUUUGGUGAGGAUUUUCACAAUAACCUGCAGUUUGUACUUCUGUGUUGAGUUAAUGCUGUUUCCUCUUCGGUUUCUCCAGCUGCUUCUUCAUCUCCGUGACUUUUGAAGUCAUAGGAAGCAGGAAGUAGAAACAGAAAUGAACCAGACUGGUUAAAAAAAAAAAGACACGGCGCCACCUAGUGUUUGGGUGGAGUUGUUACAGAGUGAACCAGACUCACCCACAUUCAGCCCAGUUUCAGGACCAGUAACACAACAGAAUAAUAACCGAGAAGUAACGACAACUUCAGAUUUAUUCUAUUUGUCAAUUUGUUUUAGUGCAAAGAAGAACAAGGAAAUGUUUAUAUUUAAUAAAAUAUCCUUUUAAAAAUGUCUGUCUGGUCCUGGUCUCAGUGGAUAAAUUACCAAUAGAAGUUAUUUUCAUUGAUAAACUGCCUUGUCUUCAUAUGUUACUUCUGAAAUUCAUGCUACUAGGGCCCAGAUUAAGCCUCAGUAGAACUUUAGUGUCUCAUUUCUAGUACUACAGGACUAGACCAGUAACAAUAACAUAGAACACAAGGCAGCUUUUUAGUGUAAAUAACUUCUGUCUCUAAUUUAUCCACUGGUUUAUUCAGAGAAGUGGACAGAACACAGCGCUGAGACCAGGACUAAACAGACCCAGGACUAAACAGACCCAGGACUAAACAGA